AUGGAUGAUGUUGAACAGAAAAUUCAUGAAUGGCGUAAAUUAAUGACAUUUUAUAAUAAAAUUGGUAAAAUAUACGAAAAGGAAGAGCUUGAAAUUUUAAAAGCAUUUAAGGCUGCAGAUAAAUUAAUCCCAACUUUACCAAGAAACUUGCAAAAAGAUCCACAAGCUAUAUACACAAGCAGAUUACUUGACUUUUCAGCACAAGUUACAGAAAUGAUCUAUUUCCAAAUUUAA